AUGUAUCAACCACCACAUAUACAUCCACCAUUUUCGCCUAUUGACACCUAUUCGAGUCCUCGAAACAUUCUCCGCUUCAGUGACUUUCAUGCUAGACACUUUACUCAAAAAAACUUUUUUCUACACGCACUAAAUCCAAAUCCAUGGCCUUUGUGGGGUACUACUGAAGGAUCAGAGAAUGGGGAGCAAAGACCAGGCGAAGAAGCUAUCUCGAUGUUUCGAUUUUCUGAAUUAAGAAAACAACAACUUGCAGAAGCAAGUCCAUCAUCUGCAUCUCAAAAUAAAUCAUCUGAGAAAUUUAAUGAUUCAUCAACAUCUAUGUAUCUUACCUCAGAACCAGAUCCAUCUCUAAUUUCACCAACAAACUUAACCACCAUAGAAUUACAACAAUUAUAUGGUGAUUCUUAUCCAAAUAUAACCAUUUUAGAAGCAGCAGUGAAUUCUGCUUAUGUUCAAAGUUGUAAAAUUGAUAAAGAUCACGAUGAUGGAAAUCGUAAUGAGAUAGUAUAUUGGCCUGUCGUACCUUUAAGAUUUGCUUAA